AGAGGGAGAGAGACCCAGACACACAGAGGGAGAGAGAGAGAGAGAGCGAGAGAGUGAGAGAGAGAGAGAGAGAGAGAGACUCAGUGAUACAGAGAGGGAGAGAGAGAGAGAGAGACAACGGCGGAGACUCCAGUGUAAAGGGAAGAUGGAGAGCAGAGACUUCAACAUAUUGUUAGCCACCGACUCCUACAAGGUCACACAUUAUAAACAGUACCCCCCCAACACCAGUAAAGUGUACUCCUACUUCGAGUGUCGCGAGAAGAAGACGGACCCCACCAAGACCCGCAAAGUCAAAUAUGAGAAGACUGUGUUCUACGGCCUGCAGUACAUCCUUCACAAAUAUUUAAAAGGGAAAGUCGUCACCCCUGAGAAGAUUCAGGAGGCCAAGGAGGUGUACCGAGAACACUUUCAGGAUGACGUGUUCAACGAGAAAGGCUGGAACUACAUUCUCGAGAAGUACAACGGCCACCUGCCCAUCGAGAUCAAGGCUGUGCCGGAAGGAAGUGUGAUUCCACGUGGGAACGUCCUCUUCACUGUGGAAAGCACAGAUCCGGAAUGCUACUGGCUCACUAACUGGGUGGAGACUAUCCUGGUUCAGAUCUGGUAUCCAAUCACGGUUGCGACGAACUCACGUGAGCAGAAGAAGAUCCUGGCCAAAUAUCUCAUGGAAACAUCUGGAAACUUGGAGGGACUAGACUACAAGCUGCACGACUUCGGCUACAGGGGAGUUUCUUCACAGGAGACUGCUGGUAUCGGAGCUUCGGCGCACUUGGUAAACUUCAAAGGAACAGACACAGUUGCUGGGAUUGGAGUCAUCAAGAAAUACUACGGCACCAAAGACCCAGUGCCUGGGUUUUCUGUACCAGCCGCAGAACAUAGCACAAUCACUGCCUGGGGCAAAGACCACGAGAAGGACGCCUUUGAGCACAUCAUAAAGCAGUUCCCCUCCGUGCCCGUGUCCAUCGUGAGCGACAGCUACGACAUCUACAACGCAUGUGAGAAGAUCUGGGGCGAGGACCUGAGGACGCUGGUUGAGAAGCGGAGUGCAGACGCCCCUCUGGUGGUGCGGCCGGACUCGGGGAACCCGCUGGACACGGUGCUGAAGGUCCUGGAGAUUUUGGGGAAGAAGUUUCCUCCCAUCGAGAACUCUAAGGGCUACAAAGUGCUUCCACCCUACAUUCGGGUUAUUCAGGGCGACGGGGUCGACAUCAACACUUUGCAGGAGAUAGUGGAAGGGAUGAAGGAGCACAGGUGGAGCAUCGAGAACAUUGCGUUUGGAUCGGGAGGUGCUCUUCUGCAGAAACUAACCCGAGAUCUUCUCAACUGCUCCUUCAAGUGCAGCUACGUGGUGACAAACGGACUCGGGGUAAAUGUCUUCAAAGAUCCUGUAGCAGACCCCAACAAAAGGUCAAAGAAGGGUCGCCUGUCGCUCCACAGGACACAAGGUGGAGACUAUGUGACUCUGGAGGAGGGGAAGGGUGAGCUAGAGGAGUAUGGAGUGGACCUGCUUCACACGGUCUUCCACAACGGGAAGAUAGUGAAGACGUACUCGUUCGACGAGGUCAGGGACAAUGCCAGGCUGAAGGGGAGCGAAGUGGAGGAGCUGCUUUCUCCUUCAUACACUGUCCUCCACAGGGCUGGAGACUAUUAGAGACCCCAGCACAUUUACUGUCCCGAGCCCCUGCACUGAGAGAGAGAGAGAGAGAGAGAGAUAGAGAGAGAGAGAGAGUGAAACAAGUGUGUGAGAGAGAGAGAGAGAUAGAGAGAGAGAGAGAAACGAGUGUGGGAGAGAGAGAGAGGAAGGAACCCUCACUGUACUCCGCGUUCUGUGUACAGAGCUGUCGUAUGUUUGAGUUUGCAGACUCUAUAAAGCUUCGAUGUCUCUUUUUAAUGUCGGAC